AUGGCGAAUCGACUGAAGGAGGAUGAGAAGAAUGAGAGAAUUAUAAGGAAUCUUCUCAAGCUUCCCGAGAAUCGCAGGUGCAUCAACUGCAACAGCUUGGGGCCUCAAUAUGUGUGCACUAACUUCUCCACAUUUGUCUGCACAAACUGCAGUGGAAUACAUCGAGAGUUCACGCACAGAGUUAAGUCAGUAUCUAUGGCUAAAUUUACACCUCAAGAAGUCAGUGCCCUUCAAGAAGGGGGAAAUGCGCGUGCUAGAGAAAUUUAUCUGAAGGAAUGGGAUCCCCAGCGUAAUUCUCUCCCCAAUUGCAGUAAUAUAGAAAGACUGCGUGAUUUCAUCAGGCAUGUAUAUGUAGAUAGGAGAUAUACUGGUGAGAGGAACUUGGAAAAACCUUUGAGGGCAAAGAUGGGGGAAACAGACGAUUUUUAUGAAAAUAGGAGGAUAGAUACCCAUCAGGGUGGUUCACCAAGUCCACCGUACGAUACUUCCGAGCGUCGUUAUGGAGCUAGUGUUGGUGGGAAAAGUCCAGCAAAUGACAAAGAUAACUGGAGAAAUAGCAGUCACAAAAGAAGUCCUGCCCGUACUGAAGUUAUUAAUGACUGGCGACGAGAGGAUAGAUUUGGAAAUGGAAGGAGGUUUGAAGACAGAAGUUCCGAUGGACGCUCUAAGCUUGAAGUUAGAUCAUCUGAUAGUGAAAGAGGUUUGGACAUGUCCAGCCCUCCAAUAGUCCGCCCUGUGAGAGAUAUAUUAGGAGAUAAUGUAUCUCCUCUACGAGUUACUGAACCACCAAAAUCCUUUGGUGGAAGAUCAACUGAUGGUUUGAGGCACUCACUGGGGACUGCAUCCUCCAGUAGCUUGACAUCCUCAGAUGCUAAUCCAUCUGAGAUCAAACUAGAGGCUUCAUUUAUUGAUUUUGAUGCUGUUUCUGACCUUCCUACUGUCCCACAAACUGAAGAAGCUGUGGCUGCAGAUGCUUUGUCUGUGCAAUUGAACAAAUCUAGUGGCAAUGACUGGGCAAACUUUGAUUCUGUGCAGGAGGCUGGAAAAACAGUUCCCUCAAGUUCUAUGGAAUCUGUACUUUCAGAGUUGUUAACUGAAGCUCCCAAAUCAGGCCUCUCAGCCCCUGUGGGCACCUUGCCUCCCAUCCAGUCUAGCUCUUCUCAAGGCUCUUCAACUCUCUUGGCAUCCUUUGGAAGUGCUGUUCCACAGUCUGCAUUUCCCUCUGGUGGUGCUCCUGCUGCAUCCCUUGGCCCUGAAGCACAAUCAUCUAACCUCGAACGGAACUUGCUUACAGAUGCUUCUACUGGAGGACAGUGGCCCACAAUGAUUCCUCAACAACAUUUUGUGUCCCCUGGAGGUGUCACCCAAUUCAGUUCUCAAAUAGUUACUCCUGUUAUUGGAGGACCUUCAAGCAAUAAGCCUUGGAAUCUGCUAGUGUCAAAUUCGCAUACGCCACCUGACACAUCUAUUGGGCAGGUGGAUCAAACUGCAGCAUUCGAUAACAAUGAAACCUCUACUGGGUUGACAACAAAGUCAUCAUUGGAUGCAAAAUCUGGUGGAAGAAAAGCAUUGCCAGAGGAUUUAUUUGCAAUGAAUUACUCUUAUGGUCCAUCUCUGGCCGCAGGCUGGUAUUCUGGAUCCCCUUAUGUUGCUCCGGUUCCUAUGCAGUACAACAACACACAUGUGGCUAUUCCGAGUUUCCAAUCAGUGUCAAGAUCUAUAAAUCCUUUUGAUGCCAGCAAUGAUCCAUCUCCUGCUCAAGCAUCAAUUUUUCCUUCAGUGGCAUCACUGCAAGGUGCUUUACCCCAAAUUGGAAAUCCAUCUGGCCCUCCGCGUACUUCAAGACUUGAAACCUCUCAACUUCAUAUUCCUUCGAUGCUUGCUCAAACACCAUCAGCAUAUGGAUCAGCACCUCCAACAGGUUCAUUCUUUGGAGCAGGAAUAGCCGGCAACAUGGCACCAAGUCCAAAAGGACAAUCUGGUUUCACCCUUGACGAGUCGGCAUUUUCAUCUCUGAACCAUCAAAAUCCCCAACUGGGCGGACUACGUGGGCCCCAUUCUGCUUCUAGUAGCUUCAGUGGAAACCCAUUUGGCUAG